UCGGAGCGGGCGAGGGAGCCCAGCCAGCCAGGAGAGGAGGCAGCCCUCGCCGUCGGGAACAGGCGGGCAAGCGGGAGGCCGGGAAGGCGCCGCGCUGGCCUUCCUUGAGCUCGGGAAGAGGCCUGCCCGGGAGCCGAAGGGGAGCCUCUCCGACAUGCAGGCCCGGCGGCGCUCGCUGCUGCCGCCGCCUCCCGAGGAUCAAGCAGAAUAUACAGAUUCAAUUCAACUAGCUGAUUGGGCAGUGUAUAUCAUGGAUAGACAUUGGUUCAUUCGUUUCUUUAUGCAUGUGUAGGAGAAAAAGGUUCAGACAAGGAGCUGGGUGGCAUUUCCUGACAAAUGGAGAACUAUUUCCAGGCAGAGGCUUUUAACCUUGAUAAGGUUUUAGAUGAAUUUGAACAAAAUGAAGAUGAAGCUAUUUCACCUGCUUUGUUGGAUGCAAAGUGGAAUAAGAUCCUAGAUCCUCCUUCCCAUCGGCUGUCUUUUAACCCAGCUCUGGCCAACGUGAAUGAAUCCACAAUUCCUAACGAGUGUCCGCAAAAGUUGAAGUCAUUCUCCCUGUCUCAGCUAGCCACUGCAUCAACUGGAGGAGGAGAUUGCUGUUCUAAUGGAAAGAAUCUUAAUAUAAGACAAGAAAGCCCAAACAUGUGGAUUGAUGAUCAGGCAGCAACAGAUGAUCAUCAGCUAGUUAAGAGAAAUAGCAAUCGAAAUGCCCUGUACAAUUUGAUGGAUGAAGAAGGAAGGAAAAAGAAACCAGAGGAAAAAAACGUUCUUGUAGUAGCAGUCAUGCAUAACUGUGACAAAAAAGGACUGCAAAGUGAUUUGUUAGAUUGUAGAAAUUACAGCAAUUCCCCCAGAAUGGAUACUGUUAGCUUUACACUGGAUAAUGAAACCCAACAAACUGACCACAUUGAUGUCACUGUAAACGGGUCCAUUGAAAAAGAUUCAGAUACUGAAAAAGAUGCAGUACAGGCAAACAGGCUACCUGCAGAGGAAGAUUUUUUCAACCAUUGUAGUGUUGCUGCUUCUGCCUCCUUAUCCAGUGGAUAUUCUUCUCGGUUAAAGGAGAAUGAUAAUUCAAAUAAAGACCUUCAUUUCUCAGAAACUGCAGCAGCAGGGAUGAAUGUAAUUACAUUGCAGAGGCCACUUGGCCCUAGUGUUAAAAUACAGCAAAGCUGUGCAUCAGGUGAGGGUUUUGAUACUGAUGCUGUUGCUCAGCUGGAAACUAGAAACUGUUUACCUAGUUCACGUAAUGGUGGUUUCUCCACAGAGGUUUCUGUUGCAGAACCAGCAGCCCAGCCAUUUCAGUCAGGGAUAUGUGAGGUCUCUGCAACUUGUCAGCCAAAUACGCUUGAAAGUGGUAAUCACGGUGAAAGUUCUGACGGACAUUUGGCCUCUAUGGAUGUUGGUGCUGCUGACAAUGAAGCUGACAAAUAUGAAAAAAUACUCAGUUCAACUGAAUUGCUCAGCACGACAGUUUGUUUAUCAGAAUCUCAGGAGAUGGCAAAUGGGGAACUGACUAAAGAAAAUCAGAUCAGUAAUGAGCAAACACCUGGGGAGGAUGAAACACUGUUGCAUACAGCAAAGCGGGAGGAAGCAUGUAGUAGUAAUGGAGAUAGCAGCGAUGGCAUGACAGUAGCAAGUCAGGACUUAAAGGGAGCAUAUAUGGAUGAGUUUGAAGAUUCCAGCCCCACUGAUGUCAUGAGUACAUCGGCAUCAAGUGCUCUGCUCAAUUGUUGUGAUUCCUAUGGAAUACAGAACCCAAUUCUUGCUCAUAUUCCAAAGACUUUACCCUCCAAGGAAGACUCAGUGACUGAGGAAAAGGAGAUAGAGGAGAGCAAAUCAGAAUGUUACAAUAAUGUUUAUGAACAAAGAGGAAAUGAGGCCACAGAGAGAAGUGGGCUCAUUUUGAACUGCACUGGUGACCAAAUUAAAAAAAAACAUUUACAUAAUCUCUGCAGUCAGGUACCAUCCGAAACAAGUCAAGCAUCACCAAAACAAGCAGCUAGUCUGCAACCUCUCAGUGUUCCUUUUGGUGGUGCCCGACCCAAACAGCCUACAAAUCUUAAACUACAAAUUCCAAAGCCAUUAUCGGACCAUUUACAAAAUGAUCUGGUUCCCCCAAACUGUGGAGGAAACAGUAAAAACAAAAAUGAUGUAUCUGGAAAAGUAAAAGUAGGUGAAAACAUAGCAAAUGUAUUUUCUGAUGAAACAUCACUGAGUGCAUCAGUCACAGAUAUUGGCGGGGAGCAUUCUGAUGAUUAUAAGUCUGGGGUUUCUAGUAGUUUGUGCCUUGCAGCAGCUUCAGAUAGUCCGGACAACGACCUUGGAGCUGGCCAGUUUGGAGUUCCUACAAGAAAGCCAUUUACUACUUUGGGUGAAGUGGCUCCAGUCUGGGUUCCAGAUUCUCAAGCACCAAACUGCAUGAAAUGUGAGGCCAGAUUUACAUUCACUAAAAGGCGACACCAUUGCAGGGCCUGUGGGAAGGUCUUCUGUGCAGCCUGCUGCAGUCUAAAAUGCAAACUGCUAUAUAUGGACAGAAAGGAAGCCAGAGUGUGUGUAAUUUGCCAUUCGGUCCUAAUGAAUGCACAAGCCUGGGAGAACAUGAUGAGUGCCUCAAGCCAGAGCCCUAAUCCUAACAAUCCUGCUGAGUACUGUUCUACCAUUCCUCCCUUACAACAAGCACAGGCUUCUGGAGCUCUGAACUCUCCACCACCUACUGUUAUGGUACCUGUGGGAGUCCUAAAGCAUCCAGGUGCAGAAGUGGCUCAGCCCAGAGAACAAAGACGUGUUUGGUUUGCUGAUGGCAUCUUACCCAAUGGGGAAGUUGCUGAUGCAGCCAAAUUGACAGUGGCUGGAACAACCUCCCCUGGAGCGCUAGCAGUGUCACAUGAUCCAAGCAAACCCAUGAGCAACACUACUUCACCCGUAGAGACUGAAAACACACUUGCAUUUUCAAGAAGCAUUACUCAGGUUGGAAGUCCAGUUGGCAGUGCGAUGAAUCUUAUUCCAGAAGAUGGGCUUCCUCCAAUUCUUAUUUCUACUGGGGUGAAAGGAGAUUAUGCUGUAGAAGAAAAACCAUCUCAUAUAUCAGUGAUGCAGCAGUUGGAAGAUGGUGGCCCUGACCCCCUUGUGUUUGUUUUAAAUGCAAAUUUGCUGUCCAUGGUUAAAAUUGUGAACUAUGUGAACAGGAAGUGCUGGUGCUUCACUACAAAAGGAAUGCAUGCUGUCGGCCAGUCAGAAAUAGUAAUUCUUCUCCAGUGCUUACCUGAUGAGAAGUGUUUGCCGAAGGAUAUUUUCAACCACUUUGUGCAGCUUUAUAGAGAUGCUUUGGCAGGCAGUGUUGUGGGUAAUUUAGGACAUUCAUUUUUCAGUCAGAGUUUUCUCGGCAGUAAGGAGCAUGGCGGCUUCUUGUAUGUUACACCUGUGUAUCAGUCGCUGCAGGACUUGGUGCUCCCCACUCCACCAUAUUUAUUUGGAAUCCUUAUCCAGAAAUGGGAGACUCCUUGGGCCAAAGUAUUUCCCAUCCGACUGAUGUUGAGACUUGGAGCUGAAUACAGGUUGUACCCGUGCCCACUUUUCAGUGUCAGAUUUCGUAAGCCACUGUUUGGAGAGACUGGACACACAAUUAUGAAUCUUCUUGCAGACUUCAGAAAUUACCAGUAUACACUGCCAGUUGUCCAAGGCUUAGUGGUUGAUAUGGAAGUGAGGAAAACCAGCAUCAAAAUUCCCAGCAACAGAUACAAUGAGAUGAUGAAAGCCAUGAACAAGUCCAAUGAGCAUGUUCUAGCAGGUGGGGCAUGCUUCAAUGACAGGGCAGACUCUCAUCUCGUGUGUGUGCAGAAUGAUGAUGGGAACUAUCAGACACAGGCCAUCAGUAUUCAUAAUCAACCGCGGAAGGUGACUGGAGCUAGCUUCUUUGUAUUCAGUGGAGCUCUAAAGUCUUCUUCAGGCUAUUUGGCAAAGUCCAGCAUUGUAGAAGAUGGAGUCAUGGUCCAGAUAACAGCUGAAAAUAUGGACUCCCUGAGGCAGGCUCUGAGGGAGAUGAAAGACUUCACUAUUGCCUGUGGUAAAGUGGAUGCUGAAGAGCCUCAAGAACAUGUGCACAUUCAGUGGGUGGAUGAUGACAAAAACUUCAACAAGGGUGUUGUAAGUCCCAUUGAUGGAAAAUCAAUGGAGUCUAUCACAAGCGUGAAAAUAUUCCAUGGCUCAGAGUAUAAAGCAAAUGGGAAGGUCAUUAGGUGGACAGAGGUUUUCUUUCUGGAAAAUGAUGACCAACACAAUGGCCUAAGUGACCCUGCUGACCACAGCAGGCUGACUGAGAAUGUGGCCAAGGCUUUCUGCCUGGCCUUGUGCCCUCACCUGAAGCUUUUGAAGGAAGACGGGAUGACCAAGCUGGGUUUACGUGUUACGCUUGAUGCUGAUCAAGUUGGCUACCAGGCUGGGAGCAAUGGGCAGCCACUGCCUGCUCAGUACAUGAAUGACCUGGACAGUGCCUUAGUUCCAGUGAUUCAUGGAGGGGCAUGCCAGCUGAGUGAGGGCCCAGUCAUAAUGGAGCUUAUUUUUUAUAUUCUGGAAAACAUCUCAUAAGGACUUCAUUUUCUGUUCAGACCUGUUCCAGCAGCAGCUGUAUCUGAAUCAUUUGCACUUUAAAACUGGAAAAAUUAAGCUUUUGUUAACACUAUUAUGAGGGGGUGGGUGCGUGAUUGAGAACAGUUGUUCCAUAAUUCUGAAUCGUCUAUGCAUUUGUCAACAAACAGGAUCAGGGCAGCUUCUAUACUACAAAAUGGCUAUGCUAUCUUUGCAGCUAAUACACUUCUGUUACGGAUUAGAAACAAACAAUGGUCAUGUUUUAAGACAAUUGCAGUCAUGUAUUCAAUGCUCAAACGGGUGCAGAGAUCACUGGGGAGUAAAUAAAAGGAAAGGAAAUGUAAACAUUUCUGAUGUUUGUAGAUGAACUUAUUAUGAAGACCUCCAUUCUGACCUCACUAUACUGCCGCUUAUGGUUAAUUUCUCUAGACAUUGAAAUUAUCGUUUACAUUAUCUUGACCUGAUUAUUGGUUGAAGUACCUCCAAGACAUGUCGGAAUAUUCUAUAGAGAUGUACAGAGAAAGAAAGCAGCAUGACUGAGGGUACCUUCUACGUCUGUCCCAAGCAAAGCAGAAUCUCUCUAGAAGCUGUAUGUAAAUUACGCUUGCAGUUUGUGUGUAUAAAUAGGAUAGUUUAACUUUAUUUUUCUUUAUUUGUGAUAAAACUGUUCCCUAAGCCUGAUGACAUAGCAAAAAUCUGCCCUCGUAAGUUUUGAGAGAGCCUGUCACAGGCGUGAGAAUUGUUAGGCUUAAAAAAAAAUAAGUUACCAUGGAAAUUUGUUCUUUUUGUAGUUUGGCCCUGGGUUUUUUUUUAGGUAACUUUUUAUUUUCCCAUUUGGUGUACAUUUAUCCCCACCAUUAAGCCUGCACUUAUCUAACACUUUAUAGUAGCAGCACUCUGUAAAGCUAGCCUGUGAAAACUGUAAUAGUUUGGCUGCUGUUGCAUGUUUUGCUUUCACUUCAGGCUGAGAAGUUUGCACUCUGUCUCACCUAAGACGGCACUUAUGAGAAGAACGGCUUGAGCCCUUUCACUGCAGCGUACAAAGCUGGCAAUGAGAGUAAGCAAAAGAACACGAGCACGUUCCUAUUAAAUCCAAUUUCCAUCCCUGAGCAACUGCUAGCCCUGUGGAAAGAGCUGUGUCCACAUAAGAGAGAAAGCAAACCUAAGCUUUAACAAGACACAGGCUGCUGUUAUUCAAGGCUGGCCACCCCCCUCCAUGGGUAAGGAGGACAGUCUGGCCUUUUAAAGAGCAAUCUAAAAUUGGAGCAGCAUGGGCAAAAUGGUGAGCAUUCAAGGGUAAGGAGGGGACAGCAGUUGUUCCAAGCCUGUCAAGAAAUUAUUUUUUAAAAGCAAACAUAUAGCAGUGAGAGCUGUAAUAGUUAACUUUCCUCUGUGGGUAGGAAAUCAUAGUUGAGCAAGGUGCUACUGCUUGCCUAAGAUUAGUAAUAACAAAAAAAAAGCCCUCCUAGUACAACCUAUGUAAACUGCAACUAGAACAUAAGGAAGUCAAGGCAUUAGAACUAGACCCCAAAUUAAAUGGCUGGAGAAGUUAACCCCACCUGAAUACAAACACUUCUACUGAAUUUAUUAAUGGUGGGCCAUAUGCUAUGAAGACAGUUAAAUUCUUAGCCCAUGCUGAACCUGAAAAGAACUCAGGUGCUCAAUAUUCUGCCCUGGGAGACAGGGUGGGCAUAAAGAGGCUCCUUUGCAGAAGAAGGGCCUUACAUUUCCUGCUCUUUCUUUUCCUUGCAUAUAAAAAGUUGCUUUUAAAUUUUACUUCCUUCUGUGACAACGUUCAAUUUUACAGACGGAAGCUGAACUCUAUUUAGAUUUUACAUGGCUGCAGUAGAUUCCUACUUCAAGAGAUGGCAUUCCAAUUUCACCACAGAAGUAGCUUUUUCAAUGACUUUGUUUUGCUAUUAAACUUACUGAUAGAGGGAAAAUACUGACUUUUCCUUCCUCCUUUCCCCCCUGCAGAAAAUCAUUUGUUUGGGUUAUGUUUGUGCAAAAUGCUAUUGACUGACUGGUUUGCUUCAACCAUAGCCUUUAAAAUGACCUUAAAAUUUACCAUAAUGUUAAGAAAUGAGUACUUGUUUAAAGAGAAAAAUGUACUUUUAAAAUUCAGUUACACUGCAAAAGACUGCAUAUUAUAUUUUUAUUUUCAACAUGUAGUUUUGUAUAUUAAAUUUAUUAAAAUUAAAAACUGAA